CAGCCGAAGUUUGUCGAAGUGGUGUCGCCGUCGGCGAAGGCUCACAACACACAUGCAGUUUUCCAGACGCUCUUUGUCCGCCACCGGCUGGAUGACGACACUCUUUCCUCUCAGGUGCCGUCGCUCACAAUCCGACUAUGUCAUCUUCUUUCAAAUCGGCACCGAAUUUUGAACGGGAAUAAUUAAAAAAAAAAAAAAACAGCGAGGAGGAAGGAGCGUCCAGCCCGGCGAGCUUCUUCUUCAUCAUCAUCAUCAUCACAGCUGCUGCCAGUGUUAGCUACAGCACAAGUACAGCGUCCUAGUGUGUGCGUGUGCGUGUGUGCUUUUACCGUUGUUUUUAUAACACAGUAAUGUCGUUUCCUGCUGGACUACCACACAAAACUACUCUGUGGAGCGUCUCACUCCGCAAUGUUUGGACGAGACAAAGCAGCACACAAAUAACACCACCAUUAUAAAGGAGAUCCUUGCAACACCUCUACGGUACCAUCAACCACCAUCAUGACAUCGCCAGACUCGCCACCUCUGGUGUCCCCUUCCCCAUGCCCCGCUCCACCUCCGUCGCUCCCCACCUCCCCGGUGCCGUCCUCCCCGGCCCCGUCCUCUUCCUCCCUCCCAGCCCCGCCCUCGCUGCCUCCCACGGGAGAGGUGAUGGUUCUUGCUCUGGGCAGGAAGAAGCAGAGGGUCCUGAUUGCUCUGUCCAUCCUGCCCAAUCUCUUCCUGGCUUUCCUGUUAUCGUCCGACCCCCUCAUCACCCUAUCCUCGCCGCACUACUGCCACCUGCCGGGGCCGGCCCCGUCCCCCGAGGUGCUGAACGCCUCCCUGCCCUGGGAUAAGGGCUUGAGGCCUGGUGACGGCGGGGGGUUGUCCCAGUGUAGGCAGUACGCCAACGGGAGCCAGUCGGAUGUAGUGGACUGCCAGGCCGGCUGGGACUACAACAUCACAGAAGGGCUGAGGAACAACAUUGUUACGGAGUGGGAUCUUGUGUGUGCUCGCUACUGGCUGGUCCCUGUGGAGGAGGUGUGCUUCAUUCUGGGGGUACUGACCGGAUGUCUUGGAUUGGGAUUUGCUGCUGACAGAAUUGGCCGCUCCAAGACCUUGCUGACGUCACUCACCCUGUCGGUGGUGUUUGGCGUUCUGGUGUGCGUGUCCCCGUACCCCUCCAUCUUCAUUGUCAUGCGCUUCUGUCUAGCGGCAGCUACCGCUGGAGUCUACCUAACCCUGUACAUCUCUCGCCUGGAGCUGUGCGAGCCGUCUUUGAGGCUGAUAGCCACCAUGCUGGGGGGGCUGACGACUGUUGCCGGGGAGCUGCUGCUGCUGGCUGUGGCCCUUGGCUGCCAGUCCUGGAGGGGUCUGCUGGGGGCCGGUGCCGCCCCACUAACGCUCUUCCUCAGCUACGGCAUUCCUGGAGUUUUUCCAGAGUCACCUCGCUGGCUUCUGCUGUCUGAGCGGCACGGCGACAUGAACUCCUUCAGUGAGAGGAGAAACUCCGGCAGAGAUGCAAGGGACGACGAGAGCUUCACAGAGCUGGAUUCUGAGACGACGCCCCCCUCACGCCCCCGCCUCUCCUUCCCUGAGCUCCUCCAUAGCAGGAAUAUCUGGAAGAACCUCUGUGUGCUGGGCUUCACCUCAUUCAUCUCCCACGGCAUCAGCCACUGCUACAGCUCUUUCCGAGGUGACGUCAGAGGCACGGCCCCCAGCUUCUACUGGACGUACCUGCUCUCCGUGUGCGCGGGGGGCGGUGCCUGGCUGUUGCUGUGGGCGACGGUAAACAGGUGCGGUCGCCGCGGCAUCCUGCUGCUCUCCAUGACGAUGACGGGCCUGGCUUCCUUGAUCCUCUUAGGACUCAUGAAGUAUCUGAGUGAGACGGCCAUCACUGUGUUCUCCGUGAUGGGUCUCUUCUCCUCCCAGGCCACCGCCUCCCUCUGUGUCCUCUUCACGGCAGAGAUCAUGCCCACCGUCAUCAGAGGGACUGGCGUGGGCGCCGUGCUGGCCCUGGGCUGCGUUGGCCGCCUCAGCUCCCCACUCAUGGACCUGAGGAACCACUACGGCUACUUCCUGCACCACGUGGUCUACUCCUCCCUGGCCCUGCUGGCCGUCUUGUCCAUCCUGCUGCUACCCGAGAGCAAGAGGAAGCCGCUGCCGCAGACGCUGGCUGACGGGGAGCAGUACCGACGCCCUCCGCUGGGCAGGAGGAGGCGGGACAACGUGCCGCUGCUGGCCACGCCCAACCCAGAGACUUAAACGAGAGGCGAGGACACGUGCAAUCCCACAUUUUACGUGCAUUCAUGAACUAAAGGCGAUGAGGCUUUAACACGUGAUCAUCUUUCUCAUCAUCUCUCAUCAGCACUGAGAUACUUCCUACUCGUCUUGUCAGAUCUAGUUUUCUAUGCUUUCAUGCAAGUGAGCACAUGUCUCAGAUGUCCACUCCUAAGGUGUUGUAAAUACUUUUCUUGACAGGAAGAUGUACGCUAUGCAGAGGAGAGGAGCACUUCGGAAAUUCAAAAGGAGACACUUUUACUGCACUACUCGAUCAGUAUUAGGAGUCAAAUUCAAGUCCCUCAAGCAAAAAUGUAGACGCCUGGCCUGGAGCUGGAGUAUUUAUAUCAAAUUUAAGUUGUUACGAUGACUCAAAUCAGCCUUAAAAAGGAAUAUUAUGGUUAUGGUUUGGGCAUGGAGGAAACUGCAACAUUCCUAUCUGCAUGUCUGGAAGCACUUGAAGGCCUUUUUUAGUGUUUAGUACCUCUUUAGAUGACCAGUCUCAGCCAGAAGCGCUUAGAUGGGUAUGAGUAAAAGCAGAGUAGAAGCUUUAACGGUGACUAAUAUGAGCAUAACGCUGAAUGUCUGUCGAUGCUGUAGAGAGGGCCCCAUGAUGAAGCUGCAGCGUAGCUAAAGAAGGGCCCUCGGAGCUCCUCAUUGUAUUCCAUGGACUUCUUCCUCAUGAUGAAUGUCAACAUAUGCUGAUGUGCUCAGGUCGUUGUCUAGAUCAGGCGUGGGCAAAGCGACGGGAGUUGCAAUGCUAUUUUUAAACUAGUUUCUGAAACUAAAGGCGCCGUGCUUUCCGGUGAUAUGCAUGUCAUUACAUAAAUCCGGGGGUGUCCAAAGUGUGGACCGGGGGCCAUUUGUGGCCCACAGCUGUUUUGUAUUUGGCCUGCGGCACAUUUAAAAAAUAUAAAUUAACAAGAAAACUAAAAAAAAAAACGACAGCAAAAAGGGAAAAGUCAGCAGUAAUUUUCCAAGAAUAAAGUAAAAAUUUUUAAGAGAAAAAAGUUGUGAGGGUUUUUUUAAGGUGUAUAAAAUGAGGUUGUAGAAAAUUUCUAAUGUUACAAGAAUAAAGAAUAAAAAAUUGUGGGAAUAAAUUCAUAUUUAUGAAAAUAAAUGUACAAGAAGAAAGUUGAAAUUGUGGAAAAAAACUGCAGAAAUGGAAAAACCAGCUGUAAUUUUAAGAGAAUUAAGUCAAAUUAUUAAGAAAAAAAGUUGUAUUCUAAUAAGAAAAAAAGUCAAUUUUACCAGAAUAAACUUUUUCCAAAUAUUAUGUGGAAUAUUAUGUAGUAGCAUAGAGGUAAAAUAUUAAAGAAAAAAUGUUUGUUUUUAAGUCGUAAUAUUAUGAGAAAGGGUGAAGUUCAUACUAAUACGCUUUUUCACCUACAGUAUAUCACAAAGCUGCAAUGCCAUUUUUUUCCACAUCUCUCUAACUUCUGAGCAUAUCUACAUGUGUUUACUACAAGUAAAUAUCAAAGUGGCCCUUGCAUCCUUUCAUUUUUCACUAUGUGGCCCUCGCUGGACAAAAGUUUGGACACCCCUGGUCUAGGUUGUGCACAGAGGAGUAAUGUAGACUUGAGGGGACGCUUAAUUAAAAGGGAAUUCUCCUUCAUAUUCCUCACAUUUUACUACUUCCGUCUAACACACUGCUGAUUCUCAGCGCUCAGAUCAACUUAACUCUGGUAAUGUUGCGUCUGAAAACACUUAUGAUUGUUCAAUGAUUGACCCAAUUAACUGUGUGACCUGAUUCCACGUCCAAUAAAACCGGUUACAUGAACAUUUGGACUCUUUGCUAAUCAUGUUGGACCUCAACCAAACCAGCGUAAUUACAGUUUGUGCUUUGUUGAAGGAAUGUUAAAUGACCUGGCACAAUGUUACUUACACCUGGAUAAGGUAAUGCAUCACCUCAGCAAUUCUACACCACUCUAUCACAACAAUAACCUCUCUGAAAAUUGCACCCAAAAACUGAGCUUUUUCAUAAAAUGUUUUAAUACACAUCCUCAUUAGAUGUUACAGACGUAUCUAAUUCAUGAAGUGUAUGCUACUACUACUACUACUACUACUACUACAUGCUAUGAAGGUAAAAAAAGAAGCCAGAAAAAAAAGAAAAUGGGCAUGUGCAACCCUUAAGAGAUCAUAAUUUACUGUACUAUGUUGCUUGAAUUGCCUGAAAAUUGCAAAGCUCUAACAAAGCAGACACAUUUGUUCCUAACAAUUGUUUUUACCCUCAAUGUAUCUUAACAUGAACGAAUGCAAGCCUUUAUGUUAAGAUUACUGACUUUCAAUUUGACUUUUUCCCAUUCAACGCAUGCAGCAAAAUUUCUUCCACAGUUUUCUGCAAAGGUGGCUUACGAUUGAACUAAUAACUGCUGAUGGUGGAUAAUGGUGUGUAGGUAAAAAAAAGUAUGUGUUAUUAUUUCUUUAUUUAAUUUUGUAUUUUAUUUAUUAUUUAUUUAUUCGUUUGUUUGUUUUUUUUUUAAAACAAAAACAGUAAUGGUUAAGAUCCCCCAAAAAUAUAAUUUGAUAUUUACAUUUCAAGCUGACGACUGGCUCAUUUAAUGUGUAAAAAUUAUG